AUGUCAAGGUUGAAGGAUGCAGGCUGCAAUAUAUUAGGAACAAUCAGACCAGUUGCAAGUGGAAGGUACAAUGGAUUGAUGGACUAUUUGAACACAGAAGCAGAUGAGAAUAUUGAACCAGGAGUGUCAGUGAUACUGCCUUCCUCAUUCACAGGCAGUCCAAAGAAUAUGCACCAAUAUUUUCAGGAUGUCAUGUCAAUUGUUUCAAAAUAUGCUAAGCCAGACUUGUUCAUCACUUACACUUGCAACCCAAAGUGCCCUGAGAUAGUUGAUAAUCAACAUCAAAAUGAAACAUCUGAAAAUAGGUCAGAUUUAGCUGCCCAAGUGUGCAAGUCACACCUUGCAGAACUUAUGAAGGACAUAAAGGAUAGACACAUUUUAAGGGUGCCAGUGGCUCAUGUCUAUGACAUUGAGUUUCAGAAGAGAGGUCUUCUCCACUGCCACAUAUUGGUAGUGUUGAAAAAUGAGGACAAACUGAGAAACAGCAAUGACAUAGAUAGGAUCGUGACAGCUGAAAUUCUUGAUACCAAUGAUGAUCCAGUCUUGCAUGAUUUAGUGAAAAUAUGCAUGAUACAUGGUCCUUGCAGAACAAAUAAUCCUUCUUCCCCUUGCAUGGAAAAUGGCUCAUGUCAAAAGAAAUUCCCAAAGAACUACAGAGAUGAAACACUUCUUAAUUUGAAUGGCUAUCCAGAGUACAGAAAACGCAAUACUGGAGUCAUAGUUCAAGUUGGAUGUCACUCAGUUGACAAUAGGAACGUUGUGCCAUACCAUGCCUGCCUGCUGAAAAAGUACAGGGCUCACAUUAGUGUAGAAAUUUGUUCAUCUGUGAAAAGCAUUAAACAUAUAUUCAAGUAUGUGCACAAGGGACAUGACUGUGCUUCUGUUGAAGUAAAAGACAACUCAGCAGUAGAUCAUGAGCAGAAUCAAGCUCACGAUGAAAUUACUAAUUAUCUUACUUGCCAAUAUGUUUCUCCUCUGGAAGCUAUGUGGAGACUGUCAGAAUUUAAGCUACAUGACACAUCUCACACUGUCUACAGACUUGCAGUACAUCUUGAAGACCAGCAAAGAGUUUACUUUCACAGAGGUAGCACUCAGCAAGCUGCUCAGGCACAGAGGGACCAUGACAUUACCCUCACUGCAUGA